CCCCCCGCAAAAAAAAAUUCCCAGUCAAACCAGGCGUAUAAAAAUUCCUCCUGCCCCCCACAGCGCUGGUUUCAGUGCAGACAGCGGGCAGGUUGCGGUUGCGGUGCCCCCCCGGGCUGCAGGGGGGGGCCCGUCAGGCGUUAGUGGCCUAUGGGUAGGGAAAGGUCAGGCUGGUGUCCCGGGAAUGGGAGACGAAUAAGACGGACUGGACUCGGAGGCAGGCGGACGUGGCGACGAAGGGUGCGGAUGACGGUUAUCAACCAGCACCCCCCGUUUCGACUUGGCGAUGUCGGUUUCGACUCGGCGACGCUGGAUCCGGCGCGCCGGCGUCGCCCGUCUGCCUGGAGAGCAUCUGUCCGAACGUCCUCGGGCGCUUUGAAGAAGGCAGGCGAGACUCCAGGAAACCUGCGGCCAAGACUCGUGAGGAGACUGGAAAGGUCUCACUACGGCCAGCUGGAGAAAAUGAGUGAUCUGGUGGCUGUAUGGGAAGUAGCUCUAAGUGAUGGUGUUCACAAGAUCGAAUUUGAACAUGGAACCACAUCAGGGAAACGUGUUGUGUAUGUCGAUGGAAAGGAAGGCCUUCGACACAGUUUCGCACCCUAUCCUCAUUGGGAAGCUAGCAGACGGUGGAGUGGACACCUACACGGUCAGGAAGAAAUAAGAAAAGAAUGGAUGUUCAAAUUAGUAGGUAAAGAAACAUUUACUGUUGGAGCAGCAAAAGCAAAGGCAACCAUUAACAUUGAUGCAGUGAGUGGCUUUGCCUACGAGUACACCUUGGAGAUCGACGGCAAGAGCCUCAAGAAAUAUAUGGAGAGUAGGUCAAAAACAACAAAUACCUGGGUAUUAAGCUUGGAUGGUAUGGACUGUAGAGUUGUUUUAGAGAAGGACACUAUGGAUGUCUGGUGCAACGGUAAAAAAAUGGAAACAGUGGGUGAAUUUGUAGAAGAUGGAACAGAAACUCACUUCAGCGUUGGUAAUCACGAUUGUUGCAUUAAGGCUGUUAGUAGUGGAAAGCGAAGGGAAGGAAUCAUUCAUACUCUUAUUGUGGAUGACAGAGAAAUUCCAGAGGCUGUGGAGUAGCCUCUAUUUAAUCCAGCUGUGUUAGAAAUAAAGAUCAGGGAUUUUCAAUUACUGUGGUAAUUAAUUAUUUUAAUACGUACUACUUGGUACAUUUAGUUUGUGCUGUUUUUAUUUUCUAAUUACUGUAUAUGAAAUUAUAUUCUCCGAGAACCAGAUGAGCUGUCUGAUUAUAUACAACCUCAUACAUUGCCAGUUUUUUGUAAAUUGUAUAAAUAUAUUGUAUAACACUAAAGGGAAGAGGGCAAAGUGGACUGAAAUCAAUUGUUCACGAGGGACACUUUGCUACAACAAAAUAUGAAAUAAAUAAGUAGCAAGAUCUGAUUUUAUUUUA